AUGAGUUAUUUGCUCAUUUACUUCGUGAUUUUCUCAAGUUUAUCAAAUCACGCUUUGAAUGCUCAAGUGCUGAAAGUCGGAGCCAUCUUUGAGCAUUCAAGAUCAGUUAGCCCUUUCCUGGUGGCCGUUGCGAACAUCAACAAGGAUCCAAAUGUUCUCCCUGGAAUACAGCUGGAAGCCGUCAUCAACAUAACCAAGCCAAUGAAUGCCUUUGAUAAUUUAAAAGCAGCUCAGUACCUUGUCGACCAAGGUGUCGUGGCCGUCAUUGGUCCCAUGACGUCGUCGGGUGUCAAGUAUACUCAACCAUACUUCUCGGGUUUCCAUAUUCCACAGUUUGCUCCGGUGGCAACUGACCCAACCUUCUCCUUCACACCUGUUAACUUUCCGUAUCUCGUACGCAUGAGUCCCAGUGACACAGUGCAGUGUCAGGCUUUGGCGGGAAUCAUUGAGCAUUACAACUGGAGCCAGUUUGCACUGCUUGUGUCAAAGGAUGAUUACGGAAUCAACGGUGUGUUAGCUCUGAAGGACGAAGCAUACAGACGAGGCUGGCUGGUUGUAGCACACGAGCAUUUCGAGCCUGUCCCAAGCCCCUCUACACUUGAUGUCCGUAGACAACUAAAAUGGAUUCGACAAACUGGCACUAGAAUCAUAGUAUUGAAUUGCUACAAGAAAUACUCAAGAGAGAUCAUAAAGCAAGCUGGCGAUUUAGGCAUGACAAGGGACUGGGUCUGGAUAAUAACAGACGCACAAACAGAUCGGGACUGGCAGGACCUUGGCGAUGAUUUCGUUGUCAAUCAGUUUUAUGGAGUCAUAGGAACACGACUGGCAUUUGGCGAAGGCUCGCGUUACAAAGAGGUCUCAAGACAAUGGAAGAGUUACCAAUAUGGCGAACUAGACGUUGUUGCUGGAAAGACAUAUGAUGCUGUCCUGGCAUUGGCAACCGCUCUUCAUCUCAUGAUUCUAGAUGGUUAUGACGUGGGAGGGGUGAAGCUCGGCUUUGACUUUGACGAGGGACCAGUCGAGCCUUGGAAAAACGGAGCAGACCUGAUGAACUACAUAAAAAAGGUCAAUGCAAGUGGUAUAAUGAACGACUUGCAAUUUAAAGAGGAUGGUUCGCCAACAUUUAAAGAAUACGACAUUGUCAAUUUGGGUAGAACCGGUUUUGUUGAGGUUGGAAAAUGGAGUCCAUCCCAAGGAGUUGUCAUGUUUCCUGAAAAACCGGUUCUAUGGUUGUCGCAGUCACUUCAGACCCCACGUGACAGAGCUGGCACAGUUGAAAACAUCAGUGUUCGUGUCAUCACUGCGAUACAACCACCAUUUAUUGACCGACUUGUCACUAAGACCGGAGAAAUAGUGUACACAGGGUUUUGUAUCGACCUGCUUAACAGACUGCAGCAAGACAUGAAGUUUCAGUACACAAUUGAAGUUGUACCCAAGAAUAUUUAUGGUUCAUGGGACAUUUUCAGUCAAAAGUGGAAUGGACUGAUAAGAUAUUUAGUUGAGAGAAUAUCGUUGCUCUUACUGCAAUCUCGUUCUCAACAGAAAGCUGACGUGGGAGUUGCUCCCCUGACUAUCAGCUCACAUCGCCAGACAGCAGUGGAUUUCACUCAGCCAUUCAUGGACCUCGGCCUGUCAAUUCUCAUAGAGAACAACAUCAACGAGGAUUACAAAGUGUUUUCCUUCCUUAAACCUUUUAACACAGACCUCUGGAUAGCCAUUGUUGUAAGCACCAUCUUGGUUGGUUUCUUCUUGUGGUUACACGCCACGUUUAGUCCACGUGGUUAUCACGGAAGGAUAGCGCAGUCACGUGAUCGUAACAAUGUGAGAGAGGAUCACUGGCGGACGCGGGAAUGCUUGCGGAUUUUUGAAUCAACUUGGUCAUCUUUUUCUUACGCAGCUGGACAGGGAGCCGAUGUGGCACAUCCAGAGUCUACAUCCGGGAGAGUUGUUGUCGCGUUCUGGUGGUUUGCCAUGUUGAUAAUAAGUGCUUCAUACACUGCAAACUUGGCCAGUUUUCUAGUCACGGACCUGUUCGAGACACCAAUAAACAGCCUUGAGGACUUAGCUGCGCAGACGACAAUAAAGUAUGGCUGCGUGAAAAAUAGCCACACCAUGGAGUUCUUUCAAAUGUCACGCGUUCCAACGUAUGCAAAGAUGUGGGAAUUUAUGAUGCGUCACGACACUCUAGUGGAAAACGUGACAGAGGGUGUCAGAAAAGCAAGACAGGGUGGCUAUGCUUUUAUAAGUGAUUCAACAGGGUUGGAAUAUUACGCUAAACAGAAACCUUGCAACAGCUUGACUACUAUUGGAAAAGUUUUCGGCAAGUUUGGCUAUGGGUUUGGACUUCCAAAGAACUCACCCUUCACCCAUCAAUUUAGUGUGAAGAUUCUAGAGCUGCGACAGAAUGGAUUUGUAAAACUCUUGACAGAAAGGUGGUUUCAUGGAGUAUGUGAAAAGAUUUCGCAGGAAUCAGGAGAAACUUCCUUCAGUUCAUCAGGAGACGUGUUGUUUUUUCACGACAUGGCUGGUGUAUUUUACGCUGUCGUUUUUGGCCUUGUAGUCAGCUUAUUUACACUUCUCUGCGAAUUGACCUGGGCGGCGAGGAAAGACAAGAAACACGAUCAGGUCUCUGGCAUUCUACAAGGCUUGAAAGACAGACUUGCAAGGUCUUGGAACAGCAAAAGAAGGAGAAAAUCAACUCGCUACACUUAUAAUUCCAAUGCCGAGACUAACUGGAAUAUUGCUCUACAACAACUUCAGUCACUGCUGCCUGCUGUCAAAGAAGCUGCAGAAAAAUGUGAGGUUGAUGAGGGAGCCGAGGAUGGAACCAAACGAGAUUUACAUAACGAGGGCAAUGAACAGGAAUCUCUAAAACAACAUUCCAGCAAGCCGUCCACUUACAUUUAGAGCAACGGCGAAUUCAUGUUAUUGCGGGCAGACUCAACCUACCGUACUGUAGAAUGUAACCGAGCCUCUGUGUGAGAGCGAGGAUCGGUUGACCUUGCGAUAAGAGAGCUUAGAAACUAGUCAACAUGAUAAAGGAAUAAUUUGCAUUAAAAAGGUGGAAAGGUUUGUGUUAAAACAAAGUCAACUCUAGCUUCGCUUCCACGGUAUAGUACUUUAAAGUGACCUGCCUUUAGUUACACAAGGGGAUUUUUCACACAUACUUCAGCACACAUAAGAUAAAACUGAAAAUCAUUAAAAAAAAACUGGUAACCGCAUGGAGUCGGCCGGCUUUCAUCUUUGAUUAACCAUUUUUCAGUUAUAUUUCAUAUCAUAAUUGUGGAUUUCUUUAAUAAAUUAUUUUGCGAUUUGUAUUUUGAACAACAUUCAACUGCAAUAGUAGUGCACCGGUCAAAUUGUUCCUACUUCAGUUCAAAUCUACUUCACGACAAGUAGGCUUGAAUAAAACAUGUUUGUAAUUGCUAUAUAAUUUCUAUUCUCAUUGUCCAAUAAAAUUUGUAUUGUUUGUAAUUCGAAUAGAACACGGUUUAUUUCUGUAAAACGUCUGUAUAUAUUAACAGAGUAACAUGGUAUUUAAAUUCAUUUUAUUUUGAUGGCAAUUAAGGUAGAAAAUAAAGAUUCCUGGCUGGGAAAAAAGAUCUCCGACACAACUCCUGGCUGGGAAGUACAUAUAUGUUAUUUGCCGGCUGGGAGGUCCGUAUGGUGAAAAACUGUGACCGAGGU